CCACGUCCACAAUGGCUUCCAUCGCCGAGGGUCUCUUCAAGUCUCUUCCCAAGCCGAAGCACACCGGCGAGGAGGAGCUGCCGCUCCACGCCCAGCCCCGCGGUCCGCGCAUCGUGGGGCCGGGCCAGCUGGACGAGACGCAGGUUGUUCUCCGGAGAACCGGCCCUCCCCCCUACCAAAACCGCAGCGGAUGGCGUCCCCGCGCACCCGAAGACUUCGGCGACGGCGGCGCGUUCCCCGAGAUCCUCGUCGCACAAUACCCGCUCGACAUGGGCCGAAAGGGCACGUCAUCGACCUCGAACGCGCUCGCCGUGCAAGUCGACGCCGAGGGCAAAGUGAAGUACGACGCGAUCGCGCGCCGCGGACACAGCGACAGCCACAUCGUGCACGCGUCGUUCAAGGACCUGAUCCCGCUGCGCCAGCGCGUCGACAUGGGCGAGAUCUCGCUCGACCGACCCUCCGAAGAAGAAGUCCAGCUGCAGAUGGAGAAGACCAAGAACGCCCUGGCCAGUCUGGUUGACGGGGCCGUGGCCGCCCAGAAGCCCAAGAACGUGCGCACGGGCAAGCGCGCCGAGCCGACGUUCGUGCGCUACACCCCGGCGAAUCAGAUGGGGGAUACCGAGAGGAAGAAUGAUCGUAUUAUGAAGAUCGUGGAGAGGCAGCAGGAUCCGAUGGAGCCGCCCAAGUUUAAACAUAAGAAGAUUCCCCGUGGCCCGCCCUCGCCUCCCCCGCCGGUUAUGCAUUCCCCGCCGCGGAAGUUGACGGCUGAGGAUCAGGAGGCCUGGAGGAUUCCUCCGCCCGUCUCGAAUUGGAAGAAUCCCAAGGGUUAUACGGUUCCCCUUGAUAAGCGGUUGGCGGCCGAUGGGCGAGGCAUGCAGGAUGUGACGAUUAACGAUAAGUUUGCGCAGUUUGCCGAGGCCUUGUUCACUGCGGAUAGGCAUGCCAGGGAGGAGGUCAGGUUGCGCGCCCAGAUGCAGCAGAAGUUGGCGGAGAAGGAGAAGGCCCUGAAGGAGGAUCAUUUGCGGGCGUUGGCGCAGAAGGCCCGCGAGGAACGCAGAGGUGGUGGGAGACGGGACUCGCGGGGCGGAUCGCGCUCGCCGUCGCGCAGUGUCAGUCGCAGUGUAACGCCGGAGAGUGUCAGCGAGGGCGAGGAGGCGGCGCGGGAGCGCGAGCAGAUGCGUCGCGAGCGCCGCCAGGAGAACGAACGCCAGCUUCGCCAGUCGCGCAUGGGCACCGAGCGUCGCAUCCAGAUGAUGGCCCGCGAGCAGAACCGCGAUAUCUCCGAGAAGGUCGCCCUGGGCCUGGCCAAGCCUACCCAGGCGUCUGAGUCCAUGUACGAUUCUCGUCUCUUCAACCAGACGAGUGGCAUGGAUACCGGGUUCAAUGAGGAUAAUCCCUACGACAAGCCGCUGUUUGCUGCGCAGGACGCUAUCAACAGCAUCUAUCGUCCGCGGGCGCAGGCCGAUGAUGAGGACGAGGAGGCGGGCGAUGGCGAGAUGAACAGGAUCCAGAAGUCGAACCGCUUUGAGGUCCUGGGUAAGGCGAAAGAAGGGUUCCGGGGAGCGGACCUGGCUGAGUCCCGCGACGGCCCCGUGCAAUUCGAAAAAGACUCCGACCCCUUCGGCAUCGACACAAUGAUCGCGGACGUGACGGCCGGGUCGGGGGCCGGCCAGAAGCGCUACGGCAUCCAGGAGGUCGAUCAGUCGGGGCGCGAGCGUGGGUCGAAGCGCGCCCGAGUGGACGACGAUUGAUUCAUUCAUCCCUCCAUCCUUUGCUGAGCUGUAUGUAUUGAUUUGGUAUUCCCGGUAUGUAUGUGCAUUAUGGUGUUGUGGGUGUUUUUUAUUCAAUGAAAAGGUGAAUUUGAAUUUGAAUUUAUCUGUGUUGUUGUUGUUGUUGUCUUGGGGGAGAUUAUUGUUUUGAGGGGGGGAGUGUAGAUGGGUGAUGAGAGGGAGGAUGAUGGAUCACCUUUUCUUUUCUUUUCUUUUCUUUUCUCUGCUGUAGAUACUCGGAUACUCACUAUCGAAGUCAUGAUUGAGUAUCGCCUAACCUACCCACCCUCAAACCUGCUCAUUACUGUCUGUCUACCCACCUACCCACCCACCUUCCACAUCAGUAUCAGUACCAGACACCUC